AUGACGGCCGUUUUCAGAAGAAACACUAACAUCACCCGCCUUCUACACAAGCACUCCAUCACCGACCCGAUCGGAGCCCAGACUCUUCUCCAAUCCCAAACGCAGUCCAAAGCCUACCUCCGCUUCCCCCAAGUUUUCCGGAAAACCAGAGACUACGACCUCUCUCCCUCUGUCUUCUCCUCCGCCUUUUCUUCCUCCAAGUCCUCUGCUGAAACGAUGUCGAUUUCUAAGCUUGGGUUCGUGGGUUGGUAUCUGGGUAUGCUCCAGCACCGGCCCAUUUUGACAAAGAGUGUCACUGCAGCGCUUAUUUACACUGCUGCUGAUUUGUCUUCCCAGACAUUAGCAAAAUCGUCAUUUUCAGAAUCUUAUGAUGCUGUAAGGACAUUGCGCAUGGCUGGAUAUGGAAUGCUGGUUUUAGGGCCAUCCCUGCAUUUCUGGUUCAAUUUCAUGUCCAGAGUCUUCCCAAAACGUGAUAUUUUCUCUACAUUGAUGAAAAUGGCUAUGGGGCAGACGCUUUAUGGACCUACCAUGACUGUUGUUUUCUUCUCCUUGAAUGCAUGUCUACAAGGUGAAAACGGUACAGAAAUUGGUGCCCGUUUAAAGCGAGACUUGUUCCCGACAUUGUUAAGUGGUGUUAUGUACUGGCCACUAUGCGAUUUAUCACAUUCAGAUUCAUUCCUGUCCAAUUACAGGCCUGGAGAAAGCAGGCACAACAUCCUAGCUGAAUUGACUGUAGGUGCCAAUUUAUUUCAUUAG